AUGUCGGGCUACGAAGUUGAACACAACAUCUCCACCGAAGACGACAAGUCGCAGCAACCCUCGCGCCGACCAGACCUCUCGACCUUCUUCUCACAGCUCGAACUCGUGGAUACGUCGGAUCCCAGCGCGCACACGAAUGCCAAUGCUUUACCGCAGCCCGAAAACAUGGCGGCGGCCUUCCGCUUGCUCGCCAAUGCUUUCGAGACCAUGCGCGGACGACCGGCGGACGAGAGCAACGAACACGGGGAUCUGUUAGCGAGUAUGAUCGAGAUGCUCCGCGAGAAUGCCGACGACCCGCCCACAGAACUGAAGGGAGUUCCAAACAGCUUCCUGGAUGAAUUGGAGCGGGUGCCAAAGAAAGCGCUGAAGCCUUCAGACACCUGCCCAAUUUGCGUGAACCCAUUCCUUGAAGACCCAAUGGAGAGCUUGGCUGAUGGUAACUGCAUAGACAAGUACCCACUCGUAGUCCAGCUGCCCUGUCACGACGAUCAUCGCUUCGACCUGGACUGCAUAGGCCCUUGGCUCAAGCUGAACUCCACAUGCCCUCUUGAUCGCAAAGAACUGUUGAAGAAGAAACAACCGCCACCACCGCCUGCGGAUGAUGACGAAGAAGACUACGAUGACAUGUACGCCUGA